ACGUAGGUACGAGUAAAAUCUAAUACUUUUAAUAAAUAAACAGAAAAUAUUCUUUAAUCUGUACAUGGUUUAAAUCUGCAUUAAUUGUGCGACGUAUUGCUGCAAUAGUAAAUAUGGCUCCUCGUAAAGGAAAAACACAAAAGGAAGAAGUCCAAGUCUCGCUUGGACCCCAAGUUCGUGAGGGUGAAAUCGUCUUCGGCGUUGCGCACAUCUUCGCCUCUUUCAACGACACAUUCGUGCACGUUACUGAUCUGUCCGGCCGAGAAACCAUCUCCAGAAUCACUGGAGGAAUGAAAGUUAAAGCUGACAGAGAUGAGGCUUCUCCCUAUGCCGCUAUGUUGGCUGCUCAAGAUGUAGCUGAAAAGUGCAAGUCCCUGGGAAUCACCGCCCUGCACAUCAAAUUGCGCGCUACCGGAGGCAACAAGACGAAAACGCCAGGACCUGGUGCCCAGAGUGCACUCAGAGCUUUGGCGCGUAGCAACAUGAAAAUAGGACGCAUUGAGGAUGUCACGCCGAUCCCGUCCGACUCCACUCGCAGGAAGGGCGGACGUCGCGGUCGUCGUCUGUAAACUAUUAAUUUUGAUAAAAUUAUUAUUAUUUUGCGUUAUGUACAAGUCACAGUGAAUAAAUCCCACUUGAGUUGGACAUAAGCAAAGAAACAAACAA